AUUUGUCUCAUUCUCAUCUCGGUCAUUCUGCAAGAAGUAUAGCUAGAGAAGGAGAAUGUCAAACGGUAUUGCGCGGGAAAAGCACUUGACUUAUCAAACUGUCCUCGUACUUCGUUCGACCUGUACUUCGAUGACAGGAGGAUUUUGCAGGUGAAAGGGAUCGAAAAACUGAUUAGAUUAAUAACGCAAUGCACCCAUAAAAUGCUACGUGUCUCAAUUAUCCGAAUUAUCUCGCGCUGAUAGUUGAUACGUCGUACGCUGGCCGGUAUAUAAGCAACAGACACCGAGGAAAAAGUCCUCCUAAAAAAUGUUCUUCAAAGUUCUGGUGUUGUUGUUUUAUACUGCGUUGGCGCAAGACAGUCAUGCAAGAAAUGUAAAAGUAAAUCCGUUUAAGACCUUCUGGAAUAUGCCAACAUUCCAAUGCGCUGGUCACAAACUAGGAUUUGAAAAACUUGGAGAGAAAUACAAUAUUCUCCAGAAUAAAAACGACGUAUUUCAGGGCGAUCAAAUGACCAUUCUCUACCACCCAGGGUCGUUUCCCGAAAUCAAAUCGGAUGGAAAUUUAACAAAUGGUGGCGUCCCUCAAGAAGCAAAUCUAACUGAACAUCUUCGACUUUUUGAAGCGACUAUUAACCGUUCAAUUCCCGAUGUUCACUUCGCAGGCAUGGGUAUCAUAGACUUUGAGCACUGGAGACCGGUCUACGAUCAAAAUUUCGGCGCACUCAACAAAUACCGGCAGCUCUCCGAAAAAAUCGAAAAGAAAAGGCAUCCGUCAUGGUCCACGGCACAAAUUAAAGCUGAAGCGAGAAGAAGGUUCGAACUUCAUGGCCGGAAGUUCAUGGAGAGUUCGAUACUUCUAGCGCAAAGGUUGAGGCCAGAUGCUACAUGGGGUUACUACGGAUUUCCACACUGUUUCAAUCACCAGAUGCAGGACACGUGCGGCGCUCACCUCGAGGCCCAAAACGAUAACACAAACUGGUUAUUCUCAGCCAGCGAUACACUAAACCCAUCGCUAUAUGUAUAUGGAGAAGGUAAAGCCACACAAGAUCAGUGGAAAGACUGGCUUAAAGGAAGAGUUAAAGAGGCCCAACGAGUUAGAGACGGAGUAAAAGACGAAAAACGGCGCACUGUCGUGCCGUACUACACACUUCUAGAUCCAAGCAACAAUGAGUUUUUAUCAAAGGAAACCAUAGUGAAUUCCAUAUCUACCCUUCAGGAGCUCAAAAUUGACGGGUGGAUCAUCUGGGCUUCCAGUUCGCACGUAAACUCAAGGCAGAAAUGCGAAGAUCUGUACAAGUUCAUUGAUACCGUUUUAGGGCCAGCUUUGAUCAGAUAAUCUUAGUAUGUUUGAGCAUUGUAAUUAAUAAAUGUCUUUGACUUUCCUUUUA